AUGUUUUGUAACUUGAAUGUCUGUCUUGCCUUUCUCUCUAGCCAGUACGGGAAAGAGAACAUGAACGCUAGGAAGCCACUCGCAGUCUCGGCGGGGACGAACUCUCGCAGUGGAGAGGGCGAUUGGAAGAGCACCAUGCGUAGCUUCAGGGAGGGUGUCCGAUGUCUUGGUGAGGAAAAUGAAGCUCUAAGAACCGUCAGAAGUGACUUGGACGCCAUUUCACGGAAGCUCACUGAAAAAAUGAACUCUUUGGUUGAAGAGAAUGGGUCAUUUCACAAAUCCAUGUCUACUUUAUUGGAUGAUGAGCGGCGUAAGGUUUCUAUCAUCACAGAUCAAAACGAAAACCUACUUCACAAACUAGAGGAACUCAGGAAGGAAUAUGAUGAUGCGAACAAGGAAAUAUCUCGACUUACCGAUUUAGUGCAUACCGAGAAGAGCAGGAAUAAUAGUGUUGUGGGGUUGUUUGAAAAGAAGCUAGCAGAGAAGGAGGAUGAAUACCAGACGGAACUCCGCCUUCGAGAACAGUCGCUGGAAAAGCUAAAAACGCAACUAGAAGAAAAGUGCUCAGCCUAUGAAGCACAACUGACUGAUAGGGAUAACCUGUUACAGACAGAAAGGUGCCAGUGGAAGUUACAGAAGGAGGUGUAUGAGAAGGAGAUUGAGAGGCUUCUUUCUCAAGUGGGAAAGUUUGCCAUCACCCAACGAUCGUCUUCACAGCAGUCUACAUUGGGUGUGGAUGUCGCACACGCAAAGCCCCCUCUAGCCCCCGUCCCUCCCCCCGCGCCUACGGAUGAGGAAGGCGACCGUGCCGUCGUUAAAAAGAGACGCUUGGAAGCUGUUCGCCAGCAGCGGCGGCUAAAGGAGAAUGACAAAAAUGAUACCACCUUGGCGUCCAUUGGUAAACUGAAAGACCUUAAAGAAAGUCUUCAGUUGUAG